UGAAUUGAUGCCACAAGAAUCGAUUCAUCAGGGUAUCCCAUUCAUCAGCCUUGACGUCAACGGCUAUCCGGCUACUGAGAAGCUUCACUUCUUCUCCAGCUAUUCGGCCGAGGAGACAGCGGAGCAGAGCAAGAAGACGCCGCCAUGGACACACAGCUCCUGCUCCUCGCCGCCCUCCUCCUCCUCCCUCUCCUCGCCCUCCUGCUCGUGCAGCAGCACGGCGCCGUUGGUAAGGGCAAGAACGGAUGCCGCCUCCCGCCGGGCCCGCUCGCCGUCCCGGUGAUCGGGAACCUGCUCUGGCUGAGGCACUCCUCGUCCGAUGUGGAGCCCCUGCUCCGCCGCCUCGUCGCGCGGUACGGCCCCGUCGUGUCCCUGCGCGUGGGAUCCCGCCUGUCCAUCUUCGUCGCCGACCGCCGCAUCGCGCACGCGGCGCUGGUGGAGCGCGGGGCCGCGCUGGCCGACCGCCCGGCGGUCACGCGGGAGCUCCUCGGCGAGAACGGCAACACCAUCUCGCGGUCCAGCUAUGGGACCAUGUGGCGCCUCCUGCGCCGCAACCUCGUCGCCGAGACGCUGCACCCGUCGCGGGUCCGGCUGUUCGCGCCGGCGCGCGCGUGGGUGCGCCGCGUGCUCGUGGACAAGCUCCAGGAGUCCGGGGAGGCGCAGGCGGCCCCCGUGAUGGAGGCGUUCCGGUACGCCAUGUUUUGCCUCCUCGUGCUCAUGUGCUUCGGCGAGCGGCUGGACGAGCCCGCGGUGCGCGCCAUCGCCGUCGUGCAGCGCGACUGGCUCAUGUUCGUGGCCAACAACACGAGCGUGUCCGCGUUCUGGCCGGCGAUGACCAAGCACCUCUUCCGUGGCCGCCUCCAGAUAGGGUUCGAUGUUCGGCGGAGGCAGAAGCAGCUCUUCGUCCCACUGAUCGACGCUCGCCGGGAGCACAAGAAACAGCUCAGCCGAGGCGGCGACGCCGCUGCGUCAAAGAAGGAGACGACGUUCGGGCACUCGUACGUUGACACGCUCCUCGACAUCACGCUCCCCGACGAGGGGGGCCGCUCGCUCACCGACGACGAGAUGGCCAAACUCUGCUCCGAGUUCCUAACUGCCGGUACCGACACAACGUCCACCGCGCUGCAGUGGAUAAUGGCCGAGCUGGUCAAGAACCCGGCCAUCCAGGAGAAGCUCUACGGCGAGAUCAAGGCGACGUGCAGAGACGAGCAAGAGGAGGUCAGCGAGGAAGACACGCACAAGAUGCCGUACCUGAAGGCCGUCGUCCUCGAGGGAUUGCGUCGGCACCCUCCUGCACACUUCCUGCUCGCGCACAAGGCGGCGGAAGACAUAGAGGUCGGCGGGUACCUGAUCCCCAAGGGCGCGACGGUGAACUUCACGGUGGCAGAGAUGGGCAGGGACGAGCGGGAGUGGGAGAGGCCCAUGGAGUUCGUGCCGGAGCGGUUCUUGGCAGGCGGCGAUGGGGACGGGGUGGAUGUCACGGGCAGUAGGGAGAUCAAGAUGAUGCCUUUCGGCGUCGGGCGGAGGAUUUGUGCAGGGCUCGGCAUCGCCAUACUUCACUUGGAGUACUUUGUGGCCAAUUUGGUGAGGGAGUUCGAAUGGAAGGUGGUGCCCGGCGACGAGGUGGACUUGGCCGAGAAGCGCGAGUUCACCACCGUCAUGAAGAAGCCGCUCCGCGCCCAGCUGGUGCGAAGAACCACUAAUUGAACGCCAGAAAUGCUAAACAUCUUCCGAAUAAACUUCUUUUUUUUGCUUCAAAAUCAGUCGAUUUUUUCGCUUUGUGAUCUGUUCUUACUA